AUGGCGUUUGUCUGGAAAGAGCUUGCCCCAGACACUAGCAGGCAGCAGCAGCAGCUGUCUGCAAAGAACCAGGCCACGGGCAAUAUCGUGCUGGCAGAAAGCAUGAUCUUCAAAGAUGCUCGAACAGGUAGCAUCCGCAGCCGGUCCAAGGGCAACAUACAGGAAAGGGAACAAAGACAGAUCGACGAGGACUCUGAUCACGAGGACAUGGACGUCCUCUCCAACGCCGGAGCUCGUCCAGGCAACUGGUCCAGCGAAAUAUCUCGCACUUCAAGCGGCGACUCUGGAGAGAGGAGGAACGGUGAUGAGCCACAGCGCGUGCUCAAAGCACCGUUCUUCCGGUCAUGGGAGGACUUCAUGGAGUUCGACAACAACUUUAAGCACAAGAUCCCGAUCACGCAGAGCGAUUUCUCCCUUUUGCUGGAGAAGGAGGCGCAAAACAUGCAAGGCUGGGAUAUGUGCGUUGACCGCAAGGAAAUCAAGGUUGCCAAGACGCUGCAAUCUGAUGGCGGUGGCUGCAUUUUCUUGCGUGCUUGGUCGUCGCUACCGGAUGUGGAGUUGCCGGUUGUAUUCCACAUGUUCUACAAAUGUGAGAAGCGUAUGGAGUGGGACCGGGCAUUCUUUGAGAUGAAGGUCCUCGACCAAAUCGAGGGCUCUGACAUUCUCUACAGCGUGUUGCGAGUCCCCGCAUGCACGCCCCGCGACUACGUCCAGUACCGGCGGGUCAAAGUCUUAGAGGACGGAACAAUUCUCAUCAGUCUUCGAUCGGCCAUCCACCCCGACAUGCCGGAGAAAAACGGGUACAUUCGUGCCGAGUCGUUCACCUCCGGCUACGUCAUGCGCCGAUACGACGACGGGAAGGAGAAGGGUACCAAAGUUUUUCUGAUGACAAUGACCGAUGUGAAGGGUAUCAUCCCGAAGUGGAUGAUCAACUUCGUCGCUCCUCGGAAGCCCGGUGAGUGGGUUGACUGCCUGAAACGAGCGUGCCUCGACUAUCAGAAUGCCAAUCCAGACUACCCAACGCUUGAAAAGGAUCUGGAGCCCUUCAAGCACAACCAUCCUUUUGACUACGAGGACACGACCUUGGAGACGUCCCCAGCUCCAGAUCUUGCAACUCGCAAACAGUCCCCCGUGGGCCUGGCUCGCUUCAGAGAGCAGGGCUCUGGUGACGGCUCCCCUUGGCACGUUCUGCAAGGCAUUGUCACCGUUAUCUUUUUGGGUGCUACAUAUGCACAGUGCGCUCCAAGCGUGCACUGUGUCUGCCCGGACAUCUUGCAAUUCCUUGUGUCUUUCAUCUGCCCCCUUAGUGGUAGAGAGGAGGCCAUGGCUGAGGAGGAGGCGGCCGAGGUGCCGCCAGAGCCCGUGCCUCCUCUGACAGAAGAGGAGCUGGAAGCGCGUGCCGCAAUCUUUGAAGAGCUCUUCAAGGACCAUCCAGCUUUGGAGGUUAAGCAAAAGUCCAUGGCCGAACGGAAAGAGAAGGAGGCGCCACCGCCUCGAGAGGAAGGCGAGGAUGCGCCAGAGGUGGUCGAGGUGCCUGAACCCAACAUCGCCCUUGCCUAUAGCGAGCUGAGCUUCUCUGUGAUGGAUCGCUUCGUGAACCUCGUGAAGGAGAAAUGCGGACCCCUUUUCCCGAAUCGAGGUGUCUUUCUGGAUUUGGGCAGUGGCGCCGGCAAGAAUUGCUUGGCAGCAGCACUGCUCCAUCCCUUCCAGAAGAUCAUCGGCGUCGAGACGCUGCAGAGCCUCAACGACGUCGAGGCUGCAGUGCAGGCAAAGUUUGCAGAGGUGGAACUUCCAGAAGGCAUGACCAAGCCGGAGCUGAGCUUUGUGAAGGGUGACUUCGUGGCAGAGUUCGACUCGGUCUUGGAGGCAAUUGUCCCGGAGGUAACGUUUGCGGUGGUGGUUGCCACAACCUUCGGAGACCCGGAAAUGCAAGCGGUGGCAAAGCUUGCUCAGAAGAUGCCCGAAGGCGCCUGCCUCAUGACAGUCACUCAGAAGCUGGAGGACUCACUGGUGGUGGAUGUAGGGGCCUUACUUCGCUGGUCGUCUCGCAACCUGCAGAAAGACAGGGGGCCCACAUCUCAUCGGAUCGUCCAGGUAUGA